ACGACUUCUUCGUUUUUACCGCUUACGGAGAGAGGUAUAAAUUUCUUACUCACUAUAAGUUUUAGUACGUGAUUCUGGGCAAGAUAAUCAUGAGUCCCCCGCUGCCCAAGUCGAGUACUGACGAGGGUUGGGGAGUGACCAACUGGCAAGAUUUACACGUGUCCCCUCGAUUCUGAGAAAUAUGAUUGCACCGCUUGGGAGAUGCAACGUCUCUGUACGGUUCCUUUGUCAGCCGUUGACGAUGAUUCGUAAUCCUACGCCGGUGGUUUGCUUUGAAGAAAUGUACCGUCAAGAUCCCUCCCUCCGCCCCGACGGCUUGAUGGGAGGAAUUGACCAUUCUAGGGUUUUGAGCGCGAUGCCUCUCCGCACGUCCGUCACCGUGGCGUCAUCGUCCCGGGCACCGCCCUUGAAAAAGAAGAAGAGAUCGAAAGUUGUCAAAGGGAAGAACCCGAAAUCCUUACCCGUUACCGUGCUGGAAACGGGUCCGAUUACGAAUACGGGUUGUCUUCUGUUGGAUAUUGACUUUGACGAGGCUCUCCGCUUCGUGGGCAAUGGUUACGUGAAGGCCAAGUUUGUCUUCAUUUCCGGCUUUCCCGGGGACCGGCAUCCCUUCCACGCCAGGUUUCCCGAAUGUCACACGUUCAUCCGUCAUCCUCGGCCUGCGGCCACUCUUGAGCUUCAGGCAUACGCGCAAAAACUGUUGGAAGACUGCCGGCCUAAACCGCCUCACUUGUACACGGUGUGUACGGAGCAGAACUUAGCGGAGGUGGGGAUCCUUAUCUCCCUCGAGCGCCAAUUCGAACUGUCCGAGGCCGUGCUUGGGAGUCGCCCGAAGCAUGGGCUUGAGGAGAGUGCCCCGAGGUCGGAAGAUAUAGAGUCGGAGGACAACGAAAGGGAAGAUGGCGGGGAAGCCGGAAACGAUGAAGAAUCAUGGCAGCCAUCCUGCUCCGAGGGGGUUGCUUGUACGAAGCCUUCUGGAGAUCUGUCCCUCAUAUCAAGGUUUUUCCUGUUGGAUGCCAAGUCUUGUAACUAUUGUUUUGUUUUGGCAGUAGAUAUGAAUCCGGUGGAUGUUAUUCGCAAGGCCAAACUGUUGGCUCGGAACCGAGGCCGAGGAGCGGAGGUUCAACAAGGAUCUCCACCCGUGGGUGCAACUGGAUGUGUUGCCUCGGCCCGGACUCAGGAAGCGACUCCGGCCCGGAAUCAAAGAAAGAGGAAGCUCAUCCAGGUCGAGGACGAGGAAACCGCGUCCGAGCAGGAUGUGGUUCUGACCCAGAGUCCAACGAGCAAGCGCCCAGGCUAUCUUCAGGGUGGAAAAAGUCCCGCUUCCUUCGACAAGGCCGACGGGGUUGUGCAGGCUGAGGCCGAGGCUACUUCUCUUUCCGCGGCGCUCAAAGAUGAGGACGAGAUUCUUUCGUCCUUGCAGGGGCUUAUGGACAACUUCCACAAACAGGUGUCGGCGAAACUGAGCCUGAUCACCGAACGUCAAGCCGGGGCCGAGUUCUCUUCUUCCAUGAACUUCUUGGCUUCGGUGGAAACAGAACUGUCUCGCCUAAGGAAAUUGACGGAAACCGAGCACGAACGGGCCGCCGAGCUUGAGAUGCAGGCCGUGGCAAAGUCCGAGGAGGUGGUCCGGCUGCAGGGCCUUCUGAAAGAGUCAGAGGAAUCAGCCUCCCAACUAACGGCUUCAAUGGCCGAGCUCGAGGGGCGACUGCGCCAAUCCGACGGCCGGAUUUCCGAGCAAGAUCUUGAAUUGGCCGAAGCUGUCUCCGCGCAGCGGUCAAUGGAGGUGGAGCGAGAUCAGCUUCUUGCCGAGCGGGAUCAAGUCGUUGCUGCCGAGAAGGAGCGCGCCAUCUCUGACUUCCUUCAGUCCCCGUCCUUCAAAGAAAACUGCCUGGAGAGGAUGGCCGCUUAUUAUGAAGACUGGCUCAAUACCGAGGCUGGCACUGAGAAGAUGGGAGUGGAAGGGACGAAGUGGUUCGAGAGCGGCUUCUAUCAUGGGAUUCAGCUCGUCGUUCGCCGGGCCAGAAGAGUGGAUCCGUCCUUCCCUCCGCCCGGGGUCGUCAUUCCAGAGAUGCACGAUCCUAGCCUUAAUGCCGAACUCGUGGAGAAUCCAGAUUACCUUGGGACCCCCGAGCACGAGGAUGCGGGCGCAGAUGGAGUCGGCGACGAGCAACCCUCAAAUGCCCUUCCUUAGUGUUUUCCUUGUAAUGCUUGCGAUCUUUUUUCUUCACUGUAAUAAAGAUUUUAUUACUAUUUUGUUGCAUGCGUCAACAGUUGGGCAGAUUUCUGACAUUAUUUAUUUGAAUAAAUUUGAAUUGCGCCU